CUGUUAGUGCUUAGGAUUUUGUCUGUCUCCUGGAUGCAUUAGGAUUUAAUUAUUUGCUGACUAAAAAAAUCUCAAUAUGUCUCCUUCCAGGCUGCCCUUAAAAAGAAGGCAACAUGGCAACUAUAGAUACUAACUUUUAUUAUAACUCCUCCAUCACUGAUCCCUAUGAAAACAGAAAUGAGAAUUUUCAAUUAAUAAGAGUCUUCCUGCCACAUAUGUGUUUUGUUGUUUUCAUCCUUGGCCUAGCCAGAAAUGCACUGGUCUUUGUCAUACUAAGUUUCUAUAUGAAACUGAAGAUUCUGGCAGAAACUGACGUACUUCUGCUAAAUGUGGCUAUAGCUGACUGGGUUUUUCUUUGGAUGCUGCCACUCGGGGUAUACUCUGCUGCUCAGGAAUGGACUUCAGGCACUGUGGCAUGUCAUAUUACAUGGGGCUUAUACACUUCACUGUUAACUCUAAUGUCUAUCACCUCUGAUCAGCUUAUUGCUGUUACUUUUGCCACCAAAGCCCAGCGUCAAACCAAACGAAUGACACAGGACAAAUUAAUCUCUGUCUUGAUCUGGGUGAUCUCACAAGCAUUUGCUGCACCAUACUUUGUUUUUUAGGAGAUUAGUUUUGAUAAGGCAAUAUGUCAGGAAGAAUUCUCAAACUAUCACACAGAACUGGUUCUUGACGUGAUCCAAGUGACUCUUGCUUAUUUUAUUCCCAUGCUAGCCCUGAUCACCUGCUACUCACUAAUAAUUAAAAUUGUACUGUGUGCUAAAAGUCUUGAAAAGAAAAAAAUCUAAAAAAUAUUUCCUAUAGUUGUCUUGUUUAUUCUUAUACAGAUACCCUAUACUUUCUUCAGAUUCAUAAAGAUCAUACAUUGGAGCUUUAAACUGAAUAGCAGCUUUGAAUAUGCAAUUACCGUAACAAAAACUCUUGCUUAUUUUUAUGGCCGUCUUAACCCCUAUUUCUUCACGGGAAUGAAAAUCAGGAAGUACUAACACAAAAUUAUUAAAAAAUCAAGAUCUGCCAAAUGACAAGUUACAGCUCAACAGUGGCAAACCACUGAAGAGGAAGACUCUUAACCUUUUACUGCUUUAUAUAGUGCAGAUGCCACAAGCAUGUACCCACUAUAAAACUAAAAAAUCUGGCAACUAUUUUUCAGCUUCUUUUUUCUGUUUGUUUUGUUUGUAAAUACUGAUGUAGGGAGCUUGAGUGAAAGAGGAAAUACAAUACCAUGAGUAAAAACACUGUGAUCACCUU